AUGGGAGGCGGGAUUGUGUUGAACUAUGGAAUUAGAGGUAAAUACAAGGAACAUAUCAAGGGCAUUGUGGCUUGUGCACCUUUGGUGUCCUUGCACCCUAAAACCAGACCCAAUUUUGUUGUUCAAAAAUUGUCUCCUCUUCUCGCCAAGUUCUUGCCUCGGGUCCAGAUUGAUACCAAGCUUAAUUACGACUAUGUCACUUCAAACGAGAGGUGGAAAAACUACAUCAAGCAGCUGGACAAAAAAUUGAUCGGUUCUUUGAGACAACUCUAUGAUAUGUUCCAAAGAGGUGAAGCGUUGGAGAAGCCCGACUACGUUCGCAAGUUCGAUCCAGAUAUCUCGUUGUUGGUGGUACAUGGUGACCGCGAUUACAUAAAUGAUAUUGAGGGCACCAAGAAAUUUUUUGGUUUAUUGUCCAACAAUAUCGACAAGAAAUUUGUGCCCAUCAAGGGCGGAAGACACUCGUUGUUCAUUGAGCGUGAGGAGAUUCACGAGCCUGUCUUGAAGGAAGUGUUGGAGUUUUUACGGGCCCAUUGA